UGCACAAGAAUCAUAAAUACAUAACAGACUUUGGACCAUCAUAUUUUUAUUACUUGAACUCGGCAAGAUUUCUGUAGCUUGCACUGAGUUCCACAAUAGUGCAGAUCUCUGUUCUGUAUGCCUUAUAUUCAGAUGUCAACGUCUUGGUUCCGCGUCAUUAUUCUGAUCCUUGUAUGCGAUGCAGCAAGAGCCGUCGUAAAGCUGCCAGGAAAUAAAACAAUUCCGGCUGUUAUCAUGUUCGGAGAUUCUAUAGUGGAUACAGGAAACAAUAACUACAUCGAAACUAUAUUUAAGGUCAACUAUCCUCCUUAUGGGAGGGAUUUUAGCGGUGGAGUACCGACUGGAAGAUUUUGUAACGGAAAAGUUCCUUCUGACUUCCUAGUUGAAGAGUUGGGGAUAAAAGAGUUCUUGCCACCAUAUCUUGACCCCAGUCUCGACACUGAUGAUCUGAAAACAGGAGUGAACUUCGCUUCAGGUGGUGCAGGAUUCGAUCCUUUAACAUCUGAGCUUGCGAAAGUUAUAUCGUUAUCAGCUCAGAUAGAUUUGUUUAACGAGUACGUUGCCAAGCUGAAAGUGGCAGUGGGAGCCGAGACAACAAGCACAAUAUUGAGCAACAGCCUGUUUGUUGUAGUUGCAGGCAGCAACGACAUUACCAACACGUAUUUCAACAAUCCUAUUAGGCGACUGCAUUAUGACUACUCUUCGUAUACUGAUCUUCUGGUCGACUCUGCAUCUGGCUUUGCGCAGGAGUUGUACAAAUUGGGUGCUCGUCGAAUUGGUGUGUUUGGAAUACCACCUAUCGGAUGUCUUCCAUCACAGAGGACAUUACAAGGAGGAGUAGAAAGAAACUGCGCAGACAAUUACAAUGAACUAGCACAGUUAUUCAAUGCUAAACUGUCAGUUGAGUUGAACUCUCUUAACAACCGUCUUCCUCAGGCAAGGAUGGUCUACCUGGACGUGUACAACUCGUUAAUGGAAGUCAUCCUCAACCCUAAAAAAUACGGGUUUAGUAUAGCAAACAAAGGUUGCUGUGGCACAGGCACCAUUGAAGUGGCUUUCUUGUGCAAAUGCCCUUGUCCAGACGUAUACAACUACGUUUUCUGGGACAGUUUUCACCCGACAGAAACAACAUACAGAAUACUUGUCCAUCAAACUGUCAAGAAACAGAUCUCGAGCUUCCUUUAAGAGCCAUGAGCAUAAUUUUUUCACCUCAGCAAUUUGUUUAGUUCAUUGUAUCAAUUUAAAAAUCAUACUGCUACAGAUUACGCCCAAAAUUCAUAUUGUCAAAGAAAAUUGUCAUUCAUUCUACAUUAUUAGUUGUCACAACAAAUUGUUUACUCAUUCUGGUUUAAAUUUGCCCCUGAACCUUAUCAUACUCAAAACUUACUUACAUGAUAUCAUUCUUGAAAUUUUGUUUUGAUACGUGUUUAGAGGUUUUUAUUUCUUUUUCUCACCGUAAUAAA